CGUGGUCCCGCGCCGGACCUGCGGGCUGGGCGCCCCGUCGUAGGGUGACCCCCCACUUAGUGCCCCGGCUACAUCGCUUCUCUUGGGCGAGGUCGGCUCCUCCCGGGGCCUGCGAAGGACUCGCCAGAUCCCACCUGACAAAAUGACUUCCUGUUCGUUAACUCCUGUGGUGGCCUGAGCAGGUGUCUUAUGGACCCAUUGUACAGAUGUGGAAGCGGAGGCUCAGAGGAGUGAAGGAUCUCGCCGGAGGGUCCCACCACUUAAAACUGGACCCCAAUGCAGACACCGAGUGGAAUGACAUCUUACGCAAAAAGGGCAUCUUGCCUUCUAAGGAGAGUUCGAAAGAAUUGGAAAAGGAAGCAGAAGAGGACGAGCAGCGAGCCCUUCAGCAUUCAGUUGUGAAAACGUAUGAAGAUAUGACAUUGGAAGAGCUGGAGGAUAAUGAAGAUGAGUUUAACGAGGAGGACGAACGUGCUAUUGAAAUAUACAGGCAGCAAAGACUGGCUGAGUGGAAAGCAACUAAACUGAAGAAUAAAUUUGGAGAAGUUUUGGAGAUCUCUGGAAAGGAUUAUGUUCAAGAAGUUACUAAAGCUGGUGAGGGCUUGUGGGUAGUCUUGCACCUUUACAAGCAAGGGAUCCCCCUCUGUGCCCUGAUAAACCAACACUUCAGUGGACUUGCAAGGAAGUUUCCUGAUGUUAAAUUUAUCAAAGCCAUUUCAACAACCUGUAUACCCAAUUAUCCUGAUAAGAACCUGCCCACAAUAUUUGUUUACCUUGAAGGAGACAUCAAAGCUCAGUUUAUUGGUCCUUUAGUGUUUGGUGGCAUGAACCUGACAAGAGACGAAUUGGAGUGGCAGUUAUCUGAAUCUGGAGCAAUCAAGACGGACCUGGAGGAGAAUCCCAGGAAACGAGUAGAAGACGCGUUACUGUCGUCGGUGCGGAGCUCGGUCCCCACAAGGAGAGGCAGUGAUUCCGAGGAUGACUGAGGCGCCAGCAUGAUAACCUGCCGGAUGUUCUCGGUGUGACACGUUACCUGGAUUUUUUAAAAAGGAAAAUGCAGAACUUAAUCCUUUAGUUUUUAGCCUUUUAUAUAAAAUUAUGUUGAAAAUCUUAUACAUCUCAGAAAUAAUCAUUGCUGGGAAUCUUUUUAAAUUUCAUUGCAGCUCUCUUUUUAAAUUAAUGACAUUUCCUUAAUAAAAAUAAAAACGAGAUACUGGUAUGGUGAA